CGAAUUCCUAAUUUGCGGCCGCUCAAAAUCCUGUCAGGUAUAAAUUCAUAGGGCUCUGGCCUUUUUCUACGCCCCGACUCUCUAUCAUUCGCUUUCUACUGUAUUCACCAUUUACAACAUGACAGCGCCCGACUUCAGCUCCAUCCCUGUGCUUGACCUGGCCGUAGCCAGAACGAACAAGCCCCGCUUUUUGCACGACCUCAAGCACGCGCUGAUCCAUGUUGGCUUCUUCUACGUCGCUGGCCACAACAUCACUCAAACAUUCCUUGACCACCUCACCUCCCUCACUAUCAAGUAUUUUGACCUCCCGCUGGCAGAGAAACUCAAGACUGACAAGAUCCACUCACCGACCUUCCUCGGCUACAGCGUCCAGGGCAAUGAGAUUACAAAGAACAAGAAGGACAACCGCGAGCAGUUUGAUUUCGCCAACGAGCUCACCCAGCGGUGGCAAGAAGGACGGCCAAUUCAUGAGCGCCUAACCGGCCCCAAUCUAUGGCCCGACGAGAGUGUGCUGCCCGGAUUUCGCGAUGCGGUACUGGACUACCACAGACAGGCCAAUGAUCUGGCAGAGGAGCUGACCCAGUAUGUCGCCGAGGCAGUGGGGCUGGCACCAAAUGUUCUGCUGGAUGAGUUUGUGGUCAAAGGGCAGCAGCACCGCGGCAAGUUGGUGAAAUACCCUGCCAUUGACGAAUUGGAUGCGACAGAUGGCGACCAGGGUGUCGGCCCGCACCGCGAUACCUCGUCGCUGCUGACUAUUCUGUAUCAGGCGAACGAUCUGCCUGGGUUGCAGGUGCAGAAUCAUGCAGGCGAGUGGAUCGACGCGACGCCAAUCAAAGGCACCUUUGUGGUUAACAUUGGCACUGGGCUGGAGUACCUGGUGCAGCGAGUCGCGGUGGCUACUACGCACCGGGUGCUGAACCCACCACCGGGCCGCGGGCCGCGCUAUUCUAUUCCGUUUUUCCUCGGAGCGCGUAUCGACAAGAAGCUGACGCCGCUGGAAAUCCCACAGCAUAUUCUUGACGAGCGCCCCGAGACUGUAGUGUCUGAUUCGGGCCACCAGUUCAACGAACUGUACUUUGAAGACCCCGGAACGUAUACGGUGUUGAAUCGCAUCUCGUCCCAUCGUGAUGUGGCGGCCAAGUACUACCCAGAACUCGCCAAAGCGCAUGGUAUCGACGUUGAAGGCGUCAACGCUGGCUAUUGA